GAUGAGGACCAGGGGAAAUUCAACCAGGACCUGGUGCAACACAUGCAGACCCACAGCAGCAACAGCCUGUACGUCUGCAGCGAUUGUGGCAAGAGCUUCACCAAGAAUUGCGACCUCAGAAGGCACCGUUACGCCCACACUGGGAAAAGACCCUAUGUCUGUGACAAGUGCAGCAAGAGCUUUGUUCGCAGCUCCCACCUCACUGAGCACCGCCGCACCCACACUGGGGAGAGGCCCUUUGCCUGUACUGACUGUGGGAGGAGUUUCACUCAAAAAUACAACCUCACCAUGCAUCGCCGCAUCCACACCGGUGAGAGGACCUUUGCCUGUACUGAGUGUGGGAAGAGUUUCAUGAGGUUCUAUGACCUCACCGUGCAUCGCCGCACGCACACUGGAGAGAAGCCCUUUGCCUGUACUGAGUGUGGGAAGAGUUUCAUGAGGUCCCCCGACCUCACUCUGCACUGCCGCACCCACACUGGGGAGAAGCCCUUUGCCUGUAACACCUGCAGCAAGAGCUUUACCCGAAAGUCGACACUCAUCCUGCACCAUCGUGCCCACACUGGGGAGAAGCCGUACGUCUGUGGGGACUGUGGUGAGAGUUUCUCCAGAAAAUCCACCCUCAACCGGCACAGUCAGACCCACACCAGUGGGAAGGCCGUUGCCUGA